AGGUGCUGCUUCUUUUACCGGUGGCACACCUGAGCAGAGGAUAGUACAGACACUGCAUUUUUCUCAGGGAACAGUAGGAAGGAUUGCUGUGUUUUCCUCCUUUGUCAUUCAGGAGAAUAAACAUUUUUGGAGUCUAGAACUGUUGAACACAUUUCUCCUAAAGAGUGCUCAGGUACUGUGGAAACCAGAAACCAUGUUGCCACCAUCAAGACUCCAAGAACUUAUCCGUCUUAUUCGGACAGCGAAGACACAGGCACAAGAGAGAGACAUCAUACAGAAGGAAUGUGCUGAUAUUCGUUCUGCGUUUCGGGAAGAAGACUCUAAUUACCGUAGCCGCAAUGUAGCCAAACUGCUGUACAUGCAUAUGCUGGGGUAUCCCGCCCACUUUGGACAGAUGGAGUGUCUGAAGUUAAUAGCGUCCCAGAGGUUCACAGACAAGAGAAUGGGGUACCUUGGAGCCAUGCUUUUGCUUGAUGAGCGUCAGGAUGCCCACCUGCUGAUCACAAAUUCCAUCAAAAAUGACCUCAACCACAGCAAUCAGUUUGUUCAGGCCCUGGCUCUUUGUACCCUCAGCUGCAUGGGCUCUGCAGAAAUGUGCCGCGAUCUAGUCUCGGAAGUGGAUAAUCUUCUACGAAAUUCAAAUCCUUACAUCAAGAAAAAGGCAGCAUUAUGUGCCGUGCACAUCGUCCGGAAAGUCCCAGAACUGAUAGAAAUGUUCAUUCCAGCAUGCAAGCGGCUCCUUUCAGAGAAGCAACAUGGUGUCCUGUAUGGUGCGGUUACACUCAUAAUGGAAAUGUGUCAGCGAAGCACAGAUGCUCUAGCACACUUCAGAAAGCUUGUACUCCGUCUUGUUGAAAUUCUGAAGGAGAUUGUGAUGUCAGGGUACUCUCCGGAGCACAAUGUAUCUGGGAUUAGUGACCCCUUCUUACAGGUGCGGGUAUUAAGGUUGCUACGAAUUUUGGGACACAAUGAUGAAGCAUCCAGUGAGAUCAUGAACGAUGUUCUGGCGCAGGUCGCCACCAACACAGACACAAAUAAGAAUGCUGGCAAUGCCAUAUUGUACGAGACAGUCCUCACCAUCAUGGAUAUACAGUCUGUUAGCGGUUUGAGGGUUUUGGCAGUGAACAUUCUUGGACGAUUUCUUCUAAAUAAUGACAGGAACAUCAGAUAUGUAGCCUUGAUCUCCCUUCUCAAGAUGGUACAGACAGACAACCUUGCUGUGCAGCGACACCGGGGUACCAUUGUGGACUGCAUGCGGGACCAAGAUGAUUCAGUAAAAAGACGAGCUUUGGAACUGAGCUUUGCUUUGGUAAACAGCAAUAAUGUUCGGGGGAUGAUGAAGGAGCUGUUGUAUUUCCUGGAAAACUGCAAACCUGAGCAGAAGGCAGACUGCGCUUCUGGAAUAUUCCUUACAGCAGAAAAGUAUGCCCCUUCUAAACGAUGGCACAUUGAUACCACUCUACGGGUUCUAACCACAGCUGGAAAUUAUGUCCGAGAUGAUGCAGUGGCAAACUUCAUCCAGCUGAUCUCCAGCGCCAAUGAACUGCAUGCGUACACAGUGUUGAAGCUAUAUACAACCAUAAUGCAUGAUAUUUCACAGCAGCCACUUGUUCAAGUGACCAUGUGGUGUAUUGGUGAAUAUGGAGACCUUCUUCUAUCGGGACAAUGUGAGGAAACAGAACCUAUUCAGGUGACAGAAGAUGAUGUCCUGGACAUUCUAGAAACAGUGUUGCAGUCCCAUAUGUCUCUGCCUAUAACACGGGCCUACGCUCUUACAGCCAUAAUGAAACUGAGUACCAGGAUAAGAGAGAAUGUUGACCGGAUUCGAAAGGUAGUCUCCAUCUAUGGCAGCUGUAUAGAUGUUGAACUACAGCAGAGGGCUGUAGAGUAUAACUGUAUCUUCAAGAAAUUUGACCACAUGAGGUAUGUUGGCAUCCAGCUGUUUCUAACUUAUUUUGUGAAUGAGCUAGACCAUAGUUUAUUCUGUCUCACAACAAGCCUUCAUCAAAUUGACUGUCAUACCUAA